GUGGUUCAAUUCAUAACAAUAAAUUUGAUGAAUAGUUAAAAAUAGGAUUGACAAAGAGGAUCCUUUAAAGAAUUAAGCAGAUAAAUGAAUGAUGUAGUUGAAUUUCCAACAAAUAAUACAUUCAUAGACAACUAGAACUUGGAGGAAACAACAGGACUAAUAUUUGAGACGUUCACACUAAAUAUUUCCGAAAAUGUCUUAUGCUAUCUUAACAGAAGACUGCAAAAGAUUAACAAAAACAUUGGAAGGGCUAUCAAAUGACGAGCUUGAUGCAAUUCUUAAUAAUGAUGCAAAAUUAGAGGAAAUAUUGAGUAAUGAUGAUCAGACCUAUCUUAAGGAAAUUCAAAAUGAGAAAGAAACAGUUAUGGCCACAAAUGAAUCUAUGGCUGAAAUGAAUCUAGGGAGAGAACCAGAGUUAACGGAGAAAAGGGAAAAGCUGCAGAUUUCUAGUGUAGAGGGUGAAGAACUAUCUAAGCGAGUAGAGGAAAAACUCAAAACAUUAAGAGAUAAAAAUGGUGAUCUCUCCUUAGAAACUGCCCUAGCUUUAUUGAGAACAGCUGCUAGUGAAAUGGAGGAAGAAUCAGAUUCCAUAGCCAAAAAGUUUAUGGAUGAAGGAGGAGAUUUGGAAGAUUUCCUGGAGCAAUUCUUGGCUAAAAGAAAAAUUAUGCACCUUAGGUUAGUAAAAGGUGAUAAAAUGUCGAAGAUAAUUCAACGUGGAAACGAUCCUUACUUGGGUAACAUGCCCAAUUACACCAAUCCCCCACCACUAAGUGUGAAUUUAAGUUAUUUCCCAGGCAUACCAUCUAGUAUGCCUCCUUCGUCUGUGCCUUAUCCGACAGGUCCUUUAAAUAUGCCCAUGCCACCACCAUAUGCUAAUGUAAAUUAUUUCCAGAAUCAUUAUUAGGUUAAGUUGAAUUCUUGAAUUAAAUAGAUGUAGCUUGCUGGAUGCAUAUGAAAGUUCACAUCACUUAAUAGUUGAUAUACAGUCUUUUAUAACAGUACAAGUAAUGGUACGGAUGUUACCAAUAGGAAGUGAAUAAAGGCCUUUGUUGAUUUGUUUUAGAGUUUAUAAAUGAAAGGAUUUCAGAUGGAUCUAUUUUUUGAUGAGGAUGUAACGAUUUCAGUCCUAGCUAUCGCAGGCUGUUUAUACUUUCAGAUCAUACAGCUUACAUUAAGUACAGAAUAAUAACGGUAUCAAUAGUCUCUUAUUAACAGAAAAUUCAAAUGAUCGAAGUAAUAAUUUAAUUUUUUUGUGAGCCAUGUAUCGACUCUUUCCUGAAGAACAACAUGUGUUCAAAUACAUUGUAUAAAUAGUGUGAUAAGUUUUGGUAUAUGUAUAUUUUAUCUUAUAAAUAUAUCUACUUCAAGCCUAGAA